UGUUUCUAGUCAUAGGGUUUUGGGGUUUUAAAACAUGUCUCUUCACUUCUCACUGCUCAGAUUAUCUCAACCCCAUUUUCUUUGACCUUACCCUCUAACUCCCUUUCUUCGUGUUGCUGCUGUUCGCAUACUGUCUCACCCCUCUACCGGUUCUCCCUCCACUCUUCCGUUUCCAUUCAUUUGCUUGCUGGUGACUGCUUGGAUUUUUCGUAUCAAGUGAAAAGAGGAUAAGGUGAAUGCAAUAUUGUCUGUGCGGAUUUUAUCAAAGAUGGGAUAUAUAGCCUCUAUGCAAAAUAAUAUUUUAAGCAUCCAUCCUACAAAUGGUCUGCGAGGUUGUAACAGGCAAGGGAGUACUUCUGGUGCUGGCUCUAAUCAUAGUUUAAGGAAAAAAUCAUCUACCCUGCCCCAAAUUUCUUCUAAUGAUUGCUUUUCUACAAAUAAAUCUUGUUUGGCUCAGAGAAGAUUGCAGUGUAGAAGUUUUCAAGGAAGUGCUGUAAUUGAUAGAGUUAAUGAAGUUGACCAUGAAGAUUGGGGACUUGAAAGUUUUGAAAGGAGAGAAUCUGGGGAACUGGUAGAUCCUGGCAAGCCUGUGAAGCCUCCACCGUUUGUCAGAAAUGAUGGGUUCACCAACAACAAAAUUCUUCAGAAUCUCUGCACUCGGGGAAGGUUAAUGGCUGCAGCAAGGUUGAUUGAGAUUAUGGCACGUAAAAGUCAAAUACCCCAUUUCCCAUCUUGCACAAAUUUGAUUCGAGGCCUUAUCAAGAUCGGUCAGAUAGAUAAAGGUUGCAAAAUCAUUAACAUAAUGGUCAUGUCUGGGGGUGUUCCUGAUGUUAUUACGUGCAACAUGGUUAUUGGUGGCCUGUGUAAAAGAGGGUAUUUAAAAUCUGCUGUUGAUUUGGUAGAAGAUAUGAGCUUGAGUGGUUGCUCCCCAGAUGCGAUUACUUACAAUACAAUAAUUCGCGGCAUGUUUGAUAAGGGAAAUUUCAAUGAGGCUGUUAGUUUCUGGAAGGACCAAUUGAGAAAAGGGUGCCCUCCUUAUUUGAUUACCUAUACAGUUCUAAUUGAGCUGGUUUGCAGAUAUUGUGGGGCUAUUCGAGCGCUGGAAGUACUAGAAGAUAUGGCAAUGGAAGGUUGCUAUCCUGAUAUCAUUACGUACAACUCUCUUGUAAGUUUUACUGCUAAACAAGGAGUAUAUGAGGAGACUUAUUUGGUUAUAUCGAAUCUUCUAUCCCGUGGGAUGCAACCGAAUGCUGUAACAUACAAUACUCUUAUCCACUCCCUUAGUAGCCAUGGUUAUUGGGAUGGAGUUGAUGAUGUUCUGGAAAUUAUGAAUGAGACUUCCAGUCCUCCAACGCGUGUUACUUACAAUAUUAUGCUAAAUGGUUUAUGUAAGUCUGGACUUCUAGACCGUGCCAUAAGCUUGUACAGCACAAUGGUUUCUGAGAGCUGUUUUCCGGACAUUGUCACUUACAAUACUCUUCUAAGUGGGUUAUGUAAAGAGGGGUUUGUAGAUGAGGGCAUCCAGUUACUUUACUUGUUGACAGGUACUAAUUGUUCUCCUGGGUUGGUCACCUAUAAUAUUGCAAUUGAUGGGUUGGCUAGAAUGGGAUCCAUGGAGUCAGCAAAAGAAUUGUAUAGUGAAAUGAUAGGAAAAGGAAUUGUUCCUGAUGAAAUUACCCACAGUAGUUUGGCCUGGGGUUUUUGUGGGGUGGACCAACUUGAGGAAGCUAUGGAGCUAUUAAAGGAGAUGCAUAAGAAAGAUGAAAAGAUUAAACAUACUGCUUACAGAUGUGUAAUUUUAGGAUUAUGUAAACAAAGGAAGGUUGAUAUUGCAAUUCAAGCUCUAGAUUUGAUGGUUAGAAGUCGAUGCAAGCCAGAUGAGAAGAUAUAUGAUGCUUUAAUUAAAGCUGUUGCUGAUUCGGGUAUGGUGAAAGAGGCUAAUGAUUUGCAUCAAAGGUUGAUCGAAUGGAAGAUUCUUAAAACGGAAAUCAUUUGAGGUUGGAGUUUGCCCUUAAAGAUUUGCCAAAUUCAGACCAUGUACAGAUUUUACAUUCCUAUCAGGAAAGCUUGUUAAGAAGUUUUGACAUUGAGACUGCAAGGGGAGACAAUAUCAUUUCAGCAGGAAAUAAAAUUUGAAUAGUUGAAGUCAACAUGAACUUAUCUUUGUCUAAGUUACUUUUAAUGUAAAUCUGAUUUUCAAGUUUGCAGAUUUUAGAUAACUCCAUGAGUGUAGACAAUAUAUUAUGAACCUUUUGUUGGUUUUGGUAGUUAUAAAUUCAUUCCUGUUAAAGUGUUAUAGUAUAGUACCAUAAUAUCAACACACUACCAUCUCACCAA